CCCCCCGCCGGGUUCGAAUCACAGAACUUCUUCCACCGUCUGAGCUUCUUUCUUCGCAGGUUUACGGCCGCUGUUCUGCACCACGUGUCUGUCUUAGGACCUUAAAAAAAAACAUCUGUGCUCGACAGCUGUGCUUGAAGCCAACGCGCAUCGGCUGGACUGCAGGUAACAGGCAGGCAUGUCCCAUUCGAAGCCGCUGCUCAUCCCGUGGCUGCGGGCCGAGAUCGACAGCGGCAGGUACCCCGGCGUGAUCUGGACCAACCCGGAGCGGACCGAGUUCUCCGUCCCAUGGAAACAUGCCUUGAGACAGGACUCCUGCAACACCGACAUCCUCAUCUUCAAGGCCUGGGCGGAGGUGAGUGUCGGCGGCCGCGCUCACGGUGAACCCUCCGUCUGGAAGAGGAACUUCCGCAGCGCCCUGCGGGCCAAAGGCUUCAAAAUGGUCAGCGACGACAAGAACGACACCGCCAACCCCCACAAAGUGUUCCGCUGGCCGGAUGACGCGGCCUCGGGAGCCAACUCCUCAGCUGGAUCCCAGGACCAGAAUUCCCCCGAUUUGUAUCGCUCCCCUACACAAGAAACGCCCAUCCAAGGCUUUGAAGGUGUCUUGCUUCCAGAGGGCUCUGUGUAUGCAGGUGAAUACACCAUCAACCACGAUAUUCUCCAGGAGUGUCUCCAGGGACUGAACAUCGGGGCUCCAGAAGAGGGCGGCGCAGGCUACGAUCCUCUCGCUGACGAUCUGCUGCUGCCCAACCAGGCCGUGAUGGAUGGACAUCCGUUGCCCGGGCAACAGCCGUAUCCAGUCGCGCUCGAGGCUGAAGUUGGGUUGCCCGAGCAACCGGCAAGUUCAAUGGAGGGAGCCUCGGGGGGGGGCGGUGACGGGCAGUGGGUGGAGGACUUCCUAGAGGCCAUGACCAAGCCCAUCGACGGAGAGAACUUCAAGACUCAUUUCAGGAUAUCGGUGUACUACAGAGGGGUGUUGGUGUCCGAGCAGCUGGUUGAGAACGAAUGUGGAAUUCGUCUCGUCUACAGGCCCGACCUCAACGGCACAGUUUUGGAUCACGAGUCCGGCCUGUCGCUGGUCUCUCUGCCGAGUCCGGGAGACAUGCCGGAUCAAACCCAGGCCAGGCUGACCCGAUGCAUCCUGGAGGGUCUGGGCGACGGUUUGGACGUCGGGGUGUCAGGCCGCGUGGUCUACUGCCAGCGAUGGGGGAUCAAAACCUUUUGGAGCUUCUCCAAGCACGACAGGAGCAAACAGACGCAAGAGAUUCCCAAACUGGAGCCUCUGCCGCUGUUCCAGUUCCAGGACUUUUUAGGAGAAAUGUUGGACUUCAUCAAAGGGGGAAAAAGCCCUCACUGCUCCCUGUUCUUCUGCCUCGGCGAGAAGUGGCCUGAUCCAGAAAACAGGCCUUGGGAGAGGAAACUCAUCACAGUGGAGGUGGUCCUGACGUCGAUGGAAAUACUGAAGAACAUGGCGGUCGAAGGCGGCGCCUCUUCCCUGCACUCUUUGGACCUGCAGAUGUCCCUCGAGGAGAUGAUGGAGAUGUAGUGACGAAAAAAAUUGCACCCGAGAAGUAGUCUUGUUUACACGUCGCCCUCGCAUGGAGCCCAUUAACCACACAGAUGUAAUCAGAAUGUGACCCUCCCACACAGGGGGCGAGCAACGACAACACGCUUUAGAAAAAGCUCAAUAGGAUUUGCAGAUGUUUAUUUGUCUGUUGUGACAACUAUGCAUUGAAAUACAUAACAUGUAACUACGCACCUCCAAGGCUUUAUUAAAUAUUGGACGAUAUCACAAUGUCAUAACAACAAAAAUCGGUUCCUUCCUAGUAUCCACCAGUGUGACCUUAUCCCUGCUCUAUUUUAUGCAUCUCAAUACAGAGAAAAUAAACAUUUGUAUGUCCUUUCUUAACGGUUAACAUUCACAACACGUACGUUUACACUGUCAAGUUUAAGAAAUGUGACAUUUACAAAUGAAAAUCAAUAAACUAUGACUGGAUUUUA